AUGGGUCACUCCUACGGAAAGAGAGCGGGCACCCGCUAUGCCUUCAGCCGGGACUUCCGCAAGAAGGGUAUGAUUGCCCUGAACACCUAUCUCCGACAGUACCGCGUUGGUGAUAUCGUCGACAUCAAGGCGAACGGUGCCGUCCAGAAGGGUAUGCCCUUCAAGGUGUACCACGGCAAGACUGGUGUCAUCUACAACGUCACCAAGUCUGCUGUCGGUGUCAUCAUCUACAAGCAGGUGAAGCACCGAUACAUCGAGAAGCGAAUCAACGUCCGAAUCGAGCACAUCCAGCAGUCCCGAUCUCGUGAGGACUUCCUCAAGCGAGUCAAGGCCAACGCCGAGGCCAAGAAGGAGGCCAAGGCCAACGGUACCGUCGUCCAGGUCAAGCGUCAGCCCGCUGGACCCCGUGAGGCUCACACACUGUCGCUCGCCGACAACCCUCCUCAGACCGUCACUCCUCUUCCCUACGAGACUACGAUCUAA